AUGGAGGCGGCAGCGGGCGCGGGCUGCGGCUCCGGGCCGCCGCUGCUGCUGAGCGAGGGCGAGCAGCAGUGCUACUCCGAGCUCUUCGCGCGCUGCACCGGCGCUGCAAGUGGGGGCCCCGGGUCCGGGCCCCCCGAGGCCGCCAGGGCCGCCCCCAGCGCAGCCACCGCAGCCGCGGGCCCCGUGGCCGACCUGUUUCGGGCGUCGCAGCUCCCCGCCGAGACCCUGCACCAGAUCACGGAACUGUGUGGUGCCAAGCGCGUUGGUUAUUUUGGUCCAACUCAGUUUUACAUUGCCUUGAAAUUAAUUGCUGCAGCACAGUCUGGCCUCCCUGUGCGGAUAGAGAGUAUUAAAUGUGAAUUGCCGCUGCCUCGAUUUAUGAUGUCAAAGACCGACAGUGACAUACGAUUUGGGAACUCGGCUGAGCUGCAUGGAACUAAGGCUCAAAUUCCAUAUUUAAUCUCGGAAAAAAAUACCUUCAAAAGAAUGGAUGAUGAGGAUAAACAGCAGGAAACACAGUCUCCUACGAUGUCACCCCUCGCCUCCCCUCCUUCUUCUCCGCCUCAUUACCAGAGGGUGCCCUUGAGCCAUGGCUACAGCAAACUGCGGAGCAGCACGGAGCAGAUGCAUCCAGCUCCUUAUGAAGCUAGACAGCCCCUUGUCCAGCCUGAGGGACCCUCAUCGGGGAAUCAAGGAACCAAGCCGCCUCGGCAUCAGGCUUCCCUCAUCCGGUCCUUUUCAGUGGAGAGAGAACCACAAGAUAACAGUAAUUACCCGGACGAACCGUGGAGGAUAACAGAAGAGCAGCGGGAGUACUAUGUCAAUCAGUUCAGAUCCCUUCAGCCAGACCCAAGUUCCUUCAUUUCAGGUUCAGUGGCCAAGAACUUCUUCACCAAAUCAAAGCUUUCCAUUCCAGAACUCUCCUAUAUAUGGGAACUUAGUGAUGCUGACUGCGAUGGAGCCCUGACCCUGCCUGAGUUCUGUGCUGCAUUUCAUCUCAUUGUGGCCCGGAAGAACGGCUAUCCACUGCCCGAGGGCCUCCCUCCAACUCUGCAGCCAGAGUACCUGCAAGCAGCCUUUCCUAAACCCAAGUGGGAGUGUGCGUUAUUUGAUUCUUAUUCUGAGUCCAUGCCAGCAAACCAACAACCUCAUGACUUGAAUCGGAUGGAGAAGUUAUCUAUUAAAGACGUGGCUGACUUUCCUGUUUCUACCCAAGAUUUGACUGGUGAUGACAAACAAGCUUUGAAAAGUACUAUGGAUGAAGCCUUACCAAAGGACACAUCUGAGGAUCCAGCAACUCCUAAGGAUUCCAACAGUCUCAAAGCAAGACCAAGAUCCAGAUCUUACUCUAGCACCUCCAUAGAAGAGGCCAUGAAAAGGGGCGAGGACCCUCCCACCCCGCCACCGCGGCCACAGAAAACCCAUUCCAGAGCCUCCUCCUUGGAUCUGAAUAAAGUCUUCCAGCCCAGUGUGCCAGCUACUAAGUCAGGAUUGUUGCCUCCACCACCUGCGCUCCCUCCAAGACCUUGUCCAUCACAGAUUUCCCAUCACAAUGCAAACAGUGAGCCCAGCACUCAGCACAAGCCUUCAACUCAGCUGCCUAACUAUGGAGAUCUUAGACUACAGAAACAGUCUGAACAGGCAUCUGAGGCCGAGCUACACCCUCAGCUGAACAGAGCCCCCUCGCAAGCUGCAGAGAGUAGUCCAACAAAGAAGGACACACCAUAUUCUCAGCCUCCAUCAAAGCCCAUCCGUAGGAAAUUACGACCAGAAAAUCAAGCUACAGAAAAUCAAGAGCCUUCUACCACCGUUGGCGGGCCAGUGUCUGUAGCAACCAUGAAACCCCAUCCAACAGUCCAGAAACAGUCUUCCAAACAGAAGAAGGCUAUUCAAACUGCUAUCCGCAAAAAUAAAGAGGCAAAUGCAGUGCUGGCCCGGUUGAACAGUGAACUCCAGCAGCAACUCAAGGAGGUUCAUCAAGAACGGAUUGCAUUGGAAAACCAAUUGGAACAACUUCGUCCAGUCACCGUGUUGUGACCCCAAGAUCCAAGUAAUAGCGGGUGACCUUUUCUGCCAAGAUCUUUCCUUUAACUGUUUCAAACCAACUACUUGUCAUAGAUGUCUGACUGUGUCAAAAGCUGUGAGCAGUGGAAUAGAAUCCAUGUCACCUUUACUCUUAUACUUGUGUACUUUACUGUGAUGGAAAUAUAUAACUGAUUAUCACACUUGAAA